AUGGCUUUCUUAUGGUCUGGCACUGAACUCAAAUCCUCUUCUGCUAAAAUCAAGUGGGACUUUGUGUGCAACCCUAAGGAAGAAGGUGGUCUAGGAUUUAGAAGGAUAAAGGAAUGGAACAAAGCUACCAUGUUUAGGCAUUUAUGGGCCCUUUGCAGAAAGGCUGACCUUUUUUGGGUAAAAUGGGUCCACACCUACAUUAUUAAAGGACAGUGUUUAUGGUCCAUGGAUAUCCCUAGUGAUGCCUCCUGGACUAUUAGGAAGGUGCUUGGCCUUAAAAGCAUUGGACAACCUUUAAUCCAGUAUAAGGUUGGUAAUGGUCAUGAUUUGGUGAAAGUGUUGUCUUCAAUCUUGGCAGAUCUUUGCAUUCUAAAGUGUCCUAUAUCAUUUGUAAUGGGAACUGGAGAUGGCCAAGGUAGUGGAAUAGGGUCACUCAAACUAUCAUAUCUCAGACUCCCCCCACUUUCCAGCCAGUUUGUGGAGGACGACUUAGUUGUUUGGCUACCUCACCCAACUGGGUAUUCUGUCCACUCGGCUUGGGAAGCUAUUAGGAAUGAACUUCCUAUACAGCAGUGGCAUAAGGUUGUUUGGUUCAGUAGGAAUGUUCCUCAUUGGGCCUUUAUUUUAUGGUUGGCUAUCCAGAAUAAACUGAGUACCAAAGACAGAUUGUUCAAAUGGGGCAUGACUGUGGCAGUGGACUAUGUUUUCUAUGAUAAUGGUGAGGAGUCUCACCAUCAUCUCUUCUUCCAAUGUCUUAUGUCUUCUGCAGUUUUGCAUGCUGUUUAG